AUGCAUAAUCGUAACCAAAAUGUUCUACAUAAACGAGCAUCUCGAGAACGUCAGAGGCAGGCAGGCGCAGAAUCUGCUAAUUCCGAUGUUGACAUGCUCAACGGUGAUGCUUUUGUAUCCACAUCAGACUCUGACCACACUUCAAACGACCAUGUGUUUCCGCCACAACCACCGUCAAAGCUUCUGAUAGAGGAAAUCAUCAAUGGAUUUUGCGCUGAUUCAUCUGCAUCUCUACUGGAGGAAGCAGGCUGCAUGGUCUGCGGUCUGCUGCAGCCUUUGCAUAAUUUAACUCACUUGUCUAUGUUUGAUCAUCCCCUUGACAUACUCGCAGUUGAGGGAGCUACCCGUGUAGAGAGAUUACAUCCUGACGACCCGGUGAAGGACAUCCCGGGCCCUGUGAUCGAUCCUGCAUGUAACCAUCUGCAAGAUCUUUCGUUUGCAGAGCGCAUGAUGAUUGCUCGCAUUCGGCAUAAUCGCUGUCUGGUCAGAGUUUCCUCUGGGCGGGCUAAAAUGACAGCAAAUGUCAUCAUGUACUCUAAUCCAACGCUGAAAGUGUAUCAUGAAUUACCUCCUUCAAAGCCAGAACUUGACGAGGUACUUGCCUUUAUAUUUACAGGACCAACCCAACCCACGGAAGAAGAGUUCAAGCGUAGUCCAAUGCUAGUGCGUCGCAAUAAGGUCGCAGAUGCUCUGGAAUGGUUGAAACUUAACCAUAAGGAUUAUAUUGAUCUUGAAAUAUCCAAGAAAAAUCUCCAGUCUUACCCGCUGAUAGGUGUCCCCGUAGCUGUAGACUACAGACAGCGCAACGGUACUAAUCGUAUGGAGUCUACAAUGAGUCUACACGACGAAGGCGAAGAUGAAGGAACUGUAGACGGACCUUGUCCGUUUACUGUCCAUGGCUUGAGUGGAACAGACUAUGGCAAUAUGUCCAUACAAGCUUUGAAGGCAAAAGCCUUGCAACACAUAGAAAAUGAAGGCAAAAUGCUAGCUAUUGGGCAUGAUCCAAAACCGCAGUCUAUGUACGAUAAUCCUCAGGCCUAUCCGCAGAUGUUCCCUUGGCUAUUUCCUUACGGUUAUGGUGGAAUAGGUCAGCAUUGUCAUAAGCGUAAACUUUCAGAGUCAGAACAUAAGCGAAUACUGCUUAUGCACCAUGAUAAGCGUUUCCAGCGCGACCUUUAUUUUCCUAUUAUUGCAUUCAAUCACGAGCAACUGAAAGGUGGCGUUACUGGUAGCUUUCUUGUUGCAAAACGCCGUAAUUUUGAUGCGAUAUCUAAAAGAUUGCUCUCUAUAGACAAAACGGUUCUUCAAGACAUUUCCUCUCGUCUUGUAAAUGGGGACCAUGUAUCACCUGAAACAGACAGUGAGAAAGACUGUUACAAACUUUUAGAUGAUCUUGACCACGUUGGAGGAUAUGUUAAAGGGUCAAUCACGUCUAAAAAGUAUAUGCGCAAUGAGAUAUGGUUGCCCAAUAUGGUUUAUAACCUUGUCACCUGCCGAUAA